UAUCCCCCCUCAUCGAUACAUCCAAACUCCCUCAUCGAAUUUCUUUCAACUAAAUCCUAACACAGAUACAGAUUAGAUAUUGGGAUUAAUCCCUCAUCGAAUUUCUUUCAGCUAAAUCUCUCAUCGAAAUUCUUUCAGCUAAAUCCCUCAUCGAAUUUCUGAAGACUGGUGAAUUAAUCAAUAUCUAGAAUAUAUUGUCGAGUUUCAGAUUAAUGGUCGAGUUUCAGAUUUACUAAAUCCUCUCUUGGCCGAGUUUUAUUCUCUCUAUAUCUAUGCAAAUACCUCUUCAUUAGACCAUCCUAAUCAUCAAACCCUAGAGUUCCAAAAUCAUCAAGGAAAGUUGCUAGCCUUCCCCAAAUCCCCAAAUUCUAAAAUCAGAUUUGUGCUCGAAUAAUAGAAGCCAAAAAUCACCAUAGCCUGGAUAUCUAUGGAUAAUGGUAAUAAAAGUUGGAUGAAUCUCUUGAGAUGGACGGAUGAGUAUAUCCGUGGAGUGAAUGAUUUUCUUGAUAACGCAUUUGAACGAACCGCCCAAGGAAAUGAAAUAUUAUGCCCUUGCAAAAAGUGCGUGAAUCGCUAUUGGUAUUAUAGAAAUGUGGUGGAGGAUCAUUUGGUUGUUCAUGGAUUUGUUAAUGGUUAUACCAAAAUGGGUUUUCCACUGGGAAGGAUUUUCCUCGAGAAAUACACCUCAUCCAAGCAAUGAUGAUGAAGGUUCUACCAUGCGUGACGAUACUGAUGGACUACUUCAUGAUACAUUUAGAAAUAUAGAGGGUCAAGCAGGGGAUGAAGAAGGAGCAGGGAAAAGACUAUCUGAUGAUGCAAAUAAGUUUUUCAAAUUGCUGGAGUAAGGAAAACAAGAGUUAUAUCUGGGGUGUGAAAAUUUCAGUAAACUGAGUUUCACUAUUCGAUUGUACUUGCUUAAAUCCUUGCAUGGGUUGAGUAAUGUGGCUAUCUCUGAUUUGUUAGACUUGAUAAAAGAGACAUUUCCCUUUGCUCAAGUACCAGAAUCUUUCAACAAUGCUAGAAACACGAUAACAGAUUUGGGUCUUCAUUGUGAAAAAAUACAUGUAUGCCCUAAUGAUUGCAUGUUAUUUUGGAAAGAAGAUGCUAAUGCCGAUAAUUGCUCUAUUUGUCUGUCUUCAAGAUGGAAGAGUGGUGGUCUUUUGACUAAAUUAAGCUCUCAAAUCCCUGCAAAGGUUUUAAGGUACUUUCCUUUAAAGCCUAGGCUUCAGAGGAUAUUCAUGUGUCCUGAAACGGCUAUUGCAAUGAGAUGACAUGCUAAUGAACGACCCAAUGAUGGGAAUAUAAGACAUCCUGCUGAUGGGGAAGCUUGGAAGGCUUUUGAUUCUUUGCACCCAGACUUCUCUAGAGAUGCUCGAAAUGUUAGAUUGGGUCUUUCAAGUGAUGGUUUCAACCCGUUUCGGACCAUGAGCAUUUCUCAUAGCACGUAACCUGUUAUGUUAAUGAACUAUAAUUUAUCACUGUGGAUUGCAUGAAGCCAGAGUAUAUAAUGUUGUCUAUGAUAAUUCCGAAGGUGGAUCUCAAUUGCAAGAACAAGUGCAGCAACUGCCACGGAAUCGCACCUCUUCAGCAACACAAUGAGUAGAUGAACAAGUGCAACAAGGGAAUAUGGAUUUCAUCACUCCUGCAUCACAGUGAGUACAUGACCGAUCUGAUGAUUCUACCACUCAUGAAGCAGUUGAACAAUUUGAGGAACAAGGCCCCUCCUCGCCAAAAAGAAAAAGAGGCCGUACUCAAAUGCCAAGGGUUCAUGGUAGAAAAGAGCGUAAAAUAAUCAUUCUAAAUGAGUAUAAUCAACCCGUUGGUCCUACUAUAGAGGUUAUAAAAGAGUUGGGUAGCUUCCUCAGCACAUUGGCAAGGAGUGGGACUUUUUGUCCUCUUAAUGUAUUUAAUUGGAGGAAACUUGACACAAAAGAUGAUAUGUGGAAAUAUAUCAAGGAAACAUAUGACAUUCCUGACGAGGCGAAACCAUGGGUUUUUGAAUCAGUUUGUAGUGCUUGGAGAAAGUAUAAGAGUCAAUUUAAGACAACUCACUUCACAACCUAUGAGAAUGAUGAGCUUCGAAUGGAGAAUAGGCCAGUAGAUAUUCCGAAAUCUCACUUUAAGGAUCUUCUUAAAUAUUGGAACUCCGAUCCUCACAAGAAAAUAUCCGAAACCAAUACAAAGAAUCGAAAUAAGUUGAAGUGUUCGCACACUGCUGGCAGAACACCUUUUGCUUUAAUUUGCGAGGCUGAAAUGGAGAGAAUACAAUCAACUCAGGAAAGUGAAGAUGGCAGUCAUUCAGAUGACGCUUUUGCAUCAGUCAUGGGACCUGAAUAUCCAGGUCGCGUGAGAUUGUAUGGACGAGGGGUUACCAAGACUGUGUUAAAAGGGGAAAAAGGGAGUCUUGGAUCUUCUGAUGAGAGGAUGCAACAGAAAAUGGAGAAAAUAGAAGAGAAGAUGCAACAAAGAAUGCAUGAAAAGUUGAACGAACAAAAGGAUGCCAUGGAACAAAAUAUUACAAUGAACGUCAUCACACGACUUCAGCGUCUGAACCCAGAUUUGCAACUUGAUCCUUACAUGUUAAGGUUCAGUGCACAUUCACCUGUAGAAGCCUCCUAUGCACAAAAAAUUCUUGUUCAACUAAACAGUCGACCAUCUGCUGGUAGUAACAAUCAAGGUCAAUAUGCACCAAAUGUUAUACAUCUUCUUCUAUUUCUUCUUCUCUUCCUUCCUUGCUUGGGAUUUUUCUUUGGUUCAAGGCAGAGGGGAUAUGAAAUGCCAUGUUUUCCAUUUUCACUAGGCAGUCCAUAUGGCUGUAUUAUCAUGUCUUUGUACAGUUAUAUUGACAUUUAUAUCAUCUGUUUACUGUCUCUAUUAUAAUGUUAUAUCUGCUUCAUGCAA